AUGGUCUGUGAGGCCCAACUGCACGGUCUGCCAAUCGCCAGAGCGCUGGCCAUCGAAGAGAAACCCGAACCCUAUUCGUACGGUUAUGAGGCGACCGACAAGUUCGGCACCGUUUGGACGCGACAAGAGUCGAGUGAUGGCAACGGCAAUGUCAAGGGCUCCUACUCUUACCGGGAGGCCAAUGGUAUCGGCAGAACCGUUGAGUACGUGGCCGACCCCGUCAAUGGUUUCCAGGCCCAUGUGGUGACCAAUGAGCCGGGCACUGUUGACCAUGCUCCCGCCAACGCUCUCUAUAGAACCGUUCAGAAUUAA